AGAAUCCGGGACGGACUUUGGCACCCGAGUGGAAAUAAAAAACGUAAACGGAACUCGACAUUUACGGAAAGCCAUCGAAUACGAAGCGCAGAGACAGAUUGAGAUCAUCGAAAGCGGCGCUCGGGUUCUGCAGGAGACACGCAUGUACUCGCCCAAGGAAAACGUAACCCUCCCCAUGCGAUCGAAAGAGAUCGCCAAAGACUACCGCUUCAUGCCUGAGCCGGAUGUACCGUCCCUUGUACUCACGCCUGCGUAUGUCGAGAGCAUCCGCUCCAGUCUCCCAACACUCAGCACCGACCUGGCGUCGUACAUGUCCGCCAAAUACGGGCUUAAUCCGUCACAUGGUGAGAUAAUAAGCGCUGACGCUGAGGUGCUGGAGUGCUACGAGUCACUGGUGCGGCAGGGCAGCAGACGUGACUCGAGUGCUGUGGGCAAAUGGAUGUGCUCCGAAAUCCUAAGUGCACUCAACAACAAGAAAACGUCUUUCGACAAACUGGCUAGUCCCUACGACAGCCUAUCGGCGCUGUAUGAUCUGGUGCAGCAAAACACCAUCUCUACGCAAGUGUCACGCAAAGUCUUUGCGUUGAUCUGCGACGGAGAUAUACGCACCCCUCAACAAAUCAUCAAAGCGAAUGACUGGGCGACAGUGUCGGACGUUUCCGCAAUUCGUGACCUGUGUGCAGGCGUCAUAGCUAAGAACCAGGAUAUUGUCACCGUGUACAAAUUGGGAAAACAACAUGUGUUCAAAGCAUUGAUUGGGAAGGCUAUGAAGGAGGCGCGCGGGAAGGCUGAUGCCAAAGUAGUCACAGCGCAACUGCAGAGCUUAUUGGAUGCUGAAAAUAAAUAGCUUCAACUCUGAUUUAAGGAUGAAUAAAAGACACGUACGGAUACCUA